UAACCUGCUUUUGGAAGGCGUAUCAUUGCCCAGAUUGCAUCCCAUGGACAAGGAACCAAAUGAGCAAAAAAGGUUUAUGAACAUGAAGUCUAUUUUCGUGGUGUUGGCCUGCUUGGUGUCGUCUUCACUUGCCUGCUAUCAACAAGGAACAUGCCACGACUGGUCAAAGCUAAACAACGAACCUGUUUGUUUCGAGGGCAGAAACAACAAACCAGGCAUCUUCAAACCUAGUUUUGAGGGAUUUGUCGCCGCUGUAAAACUUGUUCACCGUAGUGGUAACAUUGUCUGCGGACAACUGGCGGGAUCUCAUACUAGCAACUGGGGAUGUCACGCUUGGCCACACCUCGUAAACAGCCCUUUGAACAUCCUG